AUGAAGAAAGAGGAAGAAGAAAACAGAGAUAAAGCAGAUAAAGAAAAAAGAAUAAAUACGCCUGGGUUACUCCUACGCCUGUGUUACUCCUACGCCUGUUACUCCUACGCCUGUUACCCUACGCCUGUUACCCUACGCCUGUGUCACCCCUACGCCUGUUACUCCACGCCUGUUACCCUACGCCUGUUACCCUACGCCUGUUACUCCUACGCCUGCUACUCCCACGCCUGUUACUCCUACGCCUGUGUCACCCCUACGCCUGUUACCCUACGCCUGUUACUCCCCACGCCUGUUACUCUACGCCUGUGUCACCCCUACGCCUGUUACCCCACGCCUGCAUUCUACGCCUGUUACCCUACGCCUGCUACUCCACGCCUAUUACUCCACGCCUGUGUCACCCCUACGCCUGUUACCCUACGCCUGUUACCCCACGCCUGUUACCCACGCCUGUGUUACUCCUACGCCUGUCACCCUACGCCUGUGUUACUCCUACGCCUGUCACUCCCUACGCCUGUGUCACCCCACGCCUGUUACACCUACGCCUGUGUCACUCCUACGCCUGUCACUCCUACGCCUGUGUUACCCCACGCUUGUCACUCCCUACGCCUGUGUCACUCCUACGCCUGUUACACCUACGCCUGUGUCACUCCCUACGCCUGUCACACCUACGCCUGUUACUCCCACGCCUGUGUCACUCCUACUCCUGUGUCACCCUACUCCUGUGUCACCCACGCCUGUUACACCUACGCCUGUGUCACCCUACGCCUGUCACUCCUACCCUGUGUCACUCCUACGCCUGUUACACCUACGCCUGUGCUCCCUACGCCUGUCACCUCCUACUCCUGUGUCACUCCCUACGCCCGUUACACCUACGCCUGUGUCACCCUCCUACGCCUGUCACUCCUACUCCUGUGUCACUCCCACGCCUGUCACUCCCACUCCUGUGUCACUCCUACGCCUGUUACACCUACGCCUGUGUCAUCUCCUACGCCUGUCACUCCUACUCCUGUGUCACUCCUACGCCUGUCACUCCUACUCCUGUGUCAAUCUCUCCAGCGAACAUUACCCCUGUGUAGCGCCUCCGUCAAUCCUCACCCCGCCAGCCGACCACGAUACCACAAGGACGACCCAUGA